AUGUUAAGAAUGUAUGAUAAAUAUUUUCUAUUGGAGAAUGAAUGCAUAAAUAAAUGCCCAUUAUUUUCGAAUGAUUGUUUAGAUUACGUAGUUGAACUAAUAUGUAAUUUUAAAUAAAAUUAUAAUAGUUUCGGUAUAUUUAGUGAAAGCAUUUUAUGACAAUCACAUGACAUGUGAUAAUAUAAUAUCUCAUUUUGACGAGGAAAGAAUUUUCUUGCUGGAGCGAAAUUCUCACUAAAUUAAAAUAAAUUUGUAUUUGAAGCUCUGUUAGUAUGGAAUAAUGCUAAAUACACAAAAGUAUACACGAUUAGUAGUCCACAUUAUGCUUUUAUAUUGCAUUUGA